UGCGCCACCAUAAAUGGAAAACGGAACGAAACGAAACGAUGGUCACGUUACCGUUCGUUCAGUUACUCGCGCACGGGCUUCUCUCGUGGCUCAAAUCCGGAGGUCCACGACCCGCACCUUUGUUCCGGCAACCCGAAGUCGUCCGUCUCUCAGCCCGCAAUCACCUAGGAGCGGAGGACAACCCGUGUGACAUGCGAGGUCGCGAGGACAAGUUCUGUCUUCGAGAGCGGCUGGCCCUACGGGAUGCUGCUGCCGGGAGUCGCGACGCCGCCACGCUGGCGAACCACGUGACCCAGUGCCCCGCCGAAUUCGUCGGACCUGGAGGGACAAAUGGCUCCGCUGCCGGUCCAUUUGGCGAUCGCGCGGACCCAGCCCGGAGCCCGGACUUACAGACGUGCCCCAAGGACCAGCUUCCUCACUGCGACGACUAUUUCGUGCGCACCGGAACUAGAGUGGCCCUGGACGAGGUGUGCCUCAAUGGACGUGGUAGGGUGGUCAUCGACGGGCUGCUCAACCAGGAGGAGUGCGACCUUCUGCUUAAGCUGAGCGAUUCGGCAGUCGUCGGCUACGGCUACGGGGCGGGGCCACAUUCUCUCACAAAGAAUGAACUGUUCGUCGGCAUCAGCGCGCUUCAACUUAUAGAUCGCUUACGCCUGUCCCUGGAGAAUGCCACGGCGAGCAGACUCCUGUUCCUGGCUUCCCGUAAGACUCGUCUUAUCACGGAAGCAUACUUCCGGCUGAAGAGGAGGUUUUACAUGCACCUUGUUCACCUUCAGUGCCGGAUCGCGAUGCCGAACUCCACGGCUCACCGCAGAGACAUGAGCCACACCAUCCACUCGGACACCUGCGACUUUGCCGACAAUGCCACCUGCAACACCCCCGAUCACAAGAAAACUCUGUCCUGGCGCGACUACAGCGCAGCGAUCUACUUGAACAGCGACUUUCACGGCGGCCAAACUGUGUUCACCAAGACGCCUCGCACGAGCAUUCGGGCCAUCGUGAGACCCAAGUGCGGCCGCAUGGUGUCGUUCGCGAGCGAGACGGCGCACGGCGUGCUGCCGGUGUUCAGCGGCAAGCGAUGCGCCUUGCUCGUCUGGAUGACGCACACCCGGCGGAAGGAAGAGCAAGAGAGAGCCGGGCUGGACAGCGUGCUGAGGGACAUCGACGGACGCGCGCGGAACGUCUCGGAGCGCGACGACCGCUGGGAUCUUCUCUGGCAAAUGGAGAGGGACUGACUACUGGGCCGAAACGUCGCCGGAACGGGCAUGCUUCUGUAGAUUGCCCGAUAUUUAAGACGGGUUGAGACAGUAGGCGAACGGGCUCUUCGGUGGGCCCGCAUGUCCAGCGACGUAUCGACAUAUAGCGUAUCGAAACACGAGUCCGAAGAAAACGUUUUCGCUUUGCUAUUCCGACAUUCAGCGUCGCUUACGUUUUACGAUAUUUCAACUGUCCUAGAAGUUUGUUUGCGAUUAUUAUUUCUUAAUUGCAGCGGCACACAAGCUUUCUUUUUAAACGGACCCGGACAAACUGAAUUAGUCUCUAUAUCGAACAAGGGGGAAAUUACUGACCUAUAUUGGUGUAAAUAAAUCUCUCAUAAUGAACUGGA